AAAGGUCACUGUAAAAGUGUAGUUGACAGUAGCGGGUGUGGGAUUAAUGAGAGCUGGAAAUAGUGGAGUGUGUGUUGUGGGUAGCAGUGUAAUAGUGUUAAGGAAGACGUGAAACUCUGAAAGGAGCAACGAUAAAACAUCACUUAAGUACACGCGGCCUGAGUUGAGAUUGUGGAUCUUUCAUGUUGACUGAAUUUUGCCUACUGCUUUAAGAAUUGAAGAUGGUUAAACUGGAAAUUCAUACUUUGACCCAUCACUUGAAGCAAGAACGCCUGUAUGUUAACUCAGAAAAGCAAUUAAUCCAGCGUCUCAAUGCAGAUGUGUUAAAGACAGCAGAGAAGCUUUAUCGUACAGCAUGGAUUGCUAAGCAGCAGAGGAUUAACUUAGACAGGCUUAUCCUUACAAGUGCUGAAGCUUCACCUGCAGAAUGUUGUCAGCAUGCCAAACUCCUGGAAGAUACGCAGUUUGUAGAUGGAUACAAGCAUUUGAGAUUUCAGGAAACAGUGUAUGGUGAGUUCCUACGCAGACUGAGGGAGAAUCCCAGACUUGUAGCCUCAUGCCUUGUUGCUGGUGAGAAAGUGAGUCAGGAACAUAUUCAGAAUGUCAUCUAUACAGUCUUCACAUCCCUUUAUGGCAACUGUAUCAUGCAGGAGGAUGAAAACUACCUACUUCAGGUCUUACGGUACUUGAUUGAAUUUGAACUUAAAGAAAGUGAUAAUCCCAGGCGUCUGCUGCGGAGAGGGACUUGUGCUUUUAGCAUUUUAUUCAAACUUUUUUCUGAAGGGCUUUAUUCUGCAAAACUCUUCCUGACUGCAACAUUACAUGAACCCAUUAUGCAGUUACUGGUUGAAGAUGAAGACCAUCUUGAAACAGAUCCCAACAAGCUCAUUGAGAGGUUCACACCAGCACAGCAGGAAAGACUAUUCGGUGAGAAGGGCUCAGAGCAGUUCAGGCGAAAAGUUCAAGAGAUGGUGGAUUCUAAUGAGUUAAAACUGGUUAAUCUGGUGAACAAAUUCAUUGGUUACUUGAAACAGAAUACAUAUUGCUUCCCACACAGUUUAAGAUGGAUUAUUUCCCAGAUGUACAAAACACUGUCAUGUGUGGAAAUAUUAGAUGUUGGUGAAGUAAAAGCUAUGUGUACUGACCUUCUUUUGGCUUGUUUAAUAUGCCCAGCCAUUGUGAAUCCAGAGCAAUAUGGGAUAAUUUCUGAUGCACCUAUCAAUGAAGUGGCAAGGUUUAAUUUAAUGCAGGUUGGUCGGUUCCUACAACAGUUAGCAAUGCCUGGUGGUGAAGAAACUGAUCCCCGAGUAAAGAGCAGUCUUAGCAAGUUUGACAAGAGUUGUGUUGCAAACUUCCUUGAUGUCGUUAUCAGUGGCCGUGCAGUAGAAACACCACCCAUGUCCUCUGUUAAUCUUCUAGAAGGACUAAGUAGGACUGUAGUGUACUUGACGUACAAUCAACUUAUGAUACUGAUUGGCUACAUGCGGACUGCAGUAUUGGGGGGUCUUCUCCCAGAGGAAGAUAGAAUGGCUCUUGAGAAUCUUUUGUUAAGCAUACCCCAAAUCAAGGGAGAGCAUGGCAACUGCGUUGAUGUGACUUCUACAAAUUCUGUUCAGUUGUCUCCAGCUUCUUCUGCAGCAAACAAGAAAAACCGACAAGCAGUAGCGUCCCGCAACAGAAGCAAGUCAACCAUUCAACUUGAGCAGUACAUUGACCAAGAUAGUCAAACUCUAGAAACAGUGCAGGAAGCGCAACCAGAAGAAGUACUAGUGAUUUCUUUGGGAACAGCUCAACAGACAGCUCCAGGCAUGUUGUCAGAAAAUGAGGUAAUGAACAUGCAGCUGACUGGAGGUGGACAAGGAGAAAUACCAGUAGAUGAAACAAAACUUCAUGGUAAACCUGAUAAAACCCUGAGGUUUUCCCUCUGUAGUGACAACCUUGAAGGAAUAUCUGAAGGUCCAUCAAAUCGCUCAAAUUCUGUGUCGUCACUGGAUCUGGAAGCAGAGUCUGUAUCCGAACUGGGAGCAGGACCAUCUGGGAGCAGUGGAGUAGAAGUUUUGGAAUUGCUAGAACAUGAGCAAGCUACCACACAGGACAAUCUUGAUGACAAGUUGCGUAAAUUUGAGAUUCGUGACAUGAUGGGGCUAACUGAUGACAGAGAUAUUUCAGAGACGGUCAGUGAAACAUGGAGUACAGAUGUUCUUGGUAGUGACUUCGAUCCAAACAUUGAUGAAGAUAGAUUGCAAGAAAUUGCAGGUGCCACUGCUGAGAAUAUGCUUGGGAGCCUUUUGUGUCUGCCAGGUUCUGGAUCAAUGCUGCUUGAUCCUUGCACAGGAUCAACAAUAUCAGAGACUACAAGUGAAGCAUGGAGUGUGGAGGUGCUGCCCAGUGACUCAGAGGCUCCUGACCUGAAACAAGAGGAACGACUGCAAGAACUAGAAAGCUGCUCAGGGCUGGGUAGUACAUCUGAUGACACUGAUGUAAGGGAGGUCAGUUCUAGACCAAGCACUCCAGGCCUGAGUGUUGUGUCAGGUAUAAGUGCCACCUCUGAGGAUAUCCCAAAUAAAAUUGAAGAUCUCCGGUCAGAAUGUAGUUCUGACUUUGGGGGAAAAGAUUCAGUUACUAGUCCUGAUAUGGAAGAAUCUGCUCAUGGAGCACAUCAUCUGACUUCACCACCAUCACAGUCCGAGUCCUUGCUGGCAAUGUUUGAUCCUCUGAACAGUGAAGUUACUCCUUCUGCAGUGGUGAGACCUAAAGUACACUAUGCAAGACCUUCACAUCCACCUCCUGAGCCUCCAAGUUUUGAGGCAGCUACAGGAGGCACAGAGGCCAGGUUACCUGCAUGUGGUGCCCAUGCUUUCAUUCAGGCAGAGACUGAAGCACUUAAACAAAGAUAUUCAUGUCCAGAACGACUGGUAAGAAGCAGAAGUUCAGAUAUUGUGUCAUCUUCUCGGAGGCCCAUGAGUGACCCCUGCUGGAAUCGACGACAAGUCACUGAGGAAAGGGAAUUACCUGUUGGAAUAGUAGCACCUAAUACUGCACUUGGGCCUUCCUGUAUUCUACCUGGACCUACCUCUUCUCCAAGUAGAGACUCUUUUAAGGGAGAGAUGGAGGAGAAGAAAGACAGUGAUGAUGAGAAGUCUGACAGGAAUAGACCAUGGUGGAAAAAGCGCUUUGUACCUGCAAUACCCAAAGCUCCAAUUGGUUUUCGAAAAAAGGAAAAACAAGACAGAGAAAAAGAGGACCAGUGUGCAGAUCGAUUUUCAGGCCUCCAAGAUGACAGUAAUCCUCGCCAAAAUUCCCAAGCCCAAGCUGCAGAAGAUAUAUUGGACAAGUACAGAAAUGCCAUCAAGCGUACUGUCCCUAACGAAGGAGCAUCAGUGACUUAUGAUACCACAGAAAGUGUUGUGGAUGGAGAGAGUGUCCAUGAUUCUCCCAGAGAUGAAACAUUACAGAACAUAUCAGCUGAUGACCUCCCUGAUUCAGCCAGUCAGGCUGCCCAGCCCCUGGAUUCUGAUUCUUCAUUCUCUUACAGGGAUGCAAAGAAGAAAUUGCGAAUGGCACUUUGCUUUGCUGAUUCAGUUGCUUUUCCAUUUUUGAGUCAUUCAUCAACAAGGAAUGGACUUCCAGAUCAUACAGAUCCUGAAGACAAUGAAAUAGUAUGUUUCCUAAAAGUACAGCUUGCUGAAGCCAUUAACCUACAAGACAAGAAUCUUAUGGCCCAGCUCCAGGAAACUAUGCGUUGUGUGAGCCGCUUUGAUAACAGAACUUGCCAGAAGCUACUGGAUUCCAUUGCAGAAGAUUACAGGAAACGUGCUCCAUAUAUUGCAUAUUUAACUCGAUGUCGGCAGGGACUCCAAACCACACAAGCCCACCUUGAACGACUGCUGCAAAGAGUCUUGAGAGAUAAGGAAGUAGCAAAUCGAUAUUUUACAACAGUCUGUGUUCGGCUGCUCUUGGAAAGCAGAGAGAAGCAAAUACUUCACCUGAUUCGAGACUUUCAGAACCUCACAGCAGCGGAUGAUAAGACAGCACUAGUUGAAGAUUUCCUCCAGUCUCUCUAUGGCGCAAUGGCACAAGAUGUCAUCUGGAAAAAUGCCAGUGAAGAUCAGCUCCAGGAUGCGCAGAUGGCCAUUGAACGCAGUGUAAUGAAUCGCAUUUUUAAGCUUGCCUUUUAUCCUAAUCAAGAUGGAGACAGCCUGCGAGACCAGCUUUUCCAUGACCAUAUAGACCGUCUUUCUAAAGUUGUAACAGCAAACCAUAAAGCAUUGCAAAUACCAGAGGUGUAUUUGAAGGAGGCUCCUUGGCCAUCUGCACAAGCUGAAAUUCGAACAAUCAGCGCUUACAAGACCCCGAGGGAUAAGGUGCAAUGUAUUUUGCGAAUGUGCUCUACCAUUAUGAAUCUGCUGAGCCUAGCCAACGAAAACUCUGUCCCUGGGGCUGAUGACUUUGUCCCUGUUCUUGUCUUUGUUCUGAUUAAGGCUAACCCACCUUGCCUUCUGUCUACUGUUCAGUACAUCAAUAAUUUCUAUGCCAGCCGGUUGAGUGGAGAAGAGUCCUAUUGGUGGAUGCAGUUCACAGCAGCAGUUGAAUUCAUUAAAACCAUUGAUGAUCGCAAGUGAUGCAGAACACCACCUGCAUGGGCAGACUGUUAGGAAACGGAAAGAGUGUACAUUAACUGUGUAGGCAUUUAGAAGAAAGUUGUUUUUUAUCUUGUAUAAUAAUUGUUUAUAGAGUGGAGGCAUUUAUAAAGUUACAUGGAGUCAUUACUAAACUAAGUAAUAAAUCUUAA